AAGUUGGGAAGGAACAGGACCAAUGGGGUGCCUCACUCUGGCGGGUAGAGUCAACAGAAGUCUGAAACAGAGGAGGCAUCACAAUGUUUCCUGAUCUGUUUUGUUGUGCAUUCUUCUUUACGAUGCGGGAAACCAACUAACAAAGUAAAGAUAAAAGUGCACACCAUAAAUCAAGCGAGUCAUGGCGUUAACCAGCGAUUUGGAGUCGCCGGAGCCUGAACCACCACAGACCGAUGACGGCUUUGUGUGGGAUGUAAAUACCCAGCUCUACUACCAUUCCAACACUGGGUUUUAUUAUGACCCUCAAGCGGAAUGGUAUUACAGCAGUAGAGACGGCCAUUAUUACAAAUUUGAAAACGGGAACUAUAUUUUGAUUCAUUCUGAUCAGGUUGAUGUGUCUCAGAGGGGUACUUCUGAUUCUACUGGUCCUAAUGUUGCUUUCCAAAAUGAACAGUAUACAUGUCCUCAUUAUCCCAAUGAAGAGUCUUCAUCUUUGGUUGAAUUCUAUGAUGAAACAGCACGAACUUAUUCUGUUAAAAAUUCUGAGGACCAUAAAGGUGGUAUUGAAAAUGAGUUGCCAGAAAAUCCACCACCAUCUGAGUGGCUUGAAGACACUCUGAUUGAUCUGUAUCUUUCCAAUUAUCCAAAUCAAUCGACACAUGCUAUUUCUGACACAACAGUGCCCGAGGACAAUAAUGGCUUAUUAGAUGGUUUGAAUGUAUCUGCAGCUGAUGCAGGGAGUGAUGAUAUGAAUGAACUUGAGGAAGGUGAAUGGGUUCCAGAUGACCAUCUAUUGUCUUCAUGUUCAAAUGAAAAUGCAUUGGAUGAAGGUACUUCUUUAGAGGAAGAAAACUGGCAAGCUCAGUAUGGUCAAGUUACUCGACCAGAUGAAGAUUCAUUGUUAUCCGAUAUACAUGUGAUCAAUUUGUGGGAUUGGUCUCUGGUAAAAAGGAGAAGGAAAGAAAAGAAACACAAGGUGGCGGUACUUGUUGGACGGUUAGCAAAACGCUCCACUAAGUUGCAUCCAUCAAUGCCUUCCAGUGGUGGGCUUCUCAGAACUGCUCCUAUUUGUGAAGUUCAUCUUGAUCUGGUACGAGUCAAAUCAGGCAAUAUUUAUAGGCUGCGGAAUCCCAGCUCACAAUACUUGGCUUCUUUGUCUAACUAUGAUUCCUCAAACCCAACAAAAGACUGGUGCUUUCCUCAAAUUUUAAUGGACAGGCUAGUCAGAACAGAUACUACAUCUAGUCAGGGAUGUGACUCAAAAGCUCCUGCUGGUGUUGUUGGUCAGAAGGAUAUUAGUUUGUCAUCUGAGCAGAUCAGUGCGUUUAAUAAGAGCAGAGGUCAUGUUUAUAGAGAUAGAGCUGCAGAGAGACGGGCAUUACAUAAUGGGAUCGGUGUAGGUCCAGGGCAAAAGAGCUCAUUUGAUUCAGGUCCAAACACUUCCACAUCAGUUUCUCCAGAGGAAGCAAUGGCUGAAUCCCUGAAUGCAUCAUUUGGAACUGGCAGUUAUGCCAGAAGAGUUCUCGAAAGCAUGGGCUGGAAAGAGGGAGAGGCACUUGGUAGCAGCAACAAGGGUUUGAUUGAACCAUUGCAAGCAAAAGGAAAUAUGGGAAAUGCUGGACUGGGAUGGGAUCAUAGAGGAAGACGCUCUUCAUAAGUGCUUCUUCGGUUACCACAUUUAUGUUGAUCGGCCUAUUUAGUUGGAAAUCUCCUAAAUAUCAACUAAUUUAAUUGAGCCAGCUCAUCAAACACUAGUUUAUUUGAAUGAAAUGAAGAAAACAAACUUAUCAUUUCUGAAUUAAUAAUAGUAAUACAUGCUCAAGAUAAUGACAUGUGUUGAAAUAG